AUGGCGUCGGCGGAGUUGCUGUGGCAGUGCGUGCGCCGCACCAGCUGCUUCUUAAGAAAGUCCCACGGAAUUCUCCUUUCCAAAGAGCCCCUCAAUUUGGCCCAAAAAAAUUCCCUCCGCUUCUCCGGCCUUUGCCACCCCCGGCCGCUGGGGCUGCAGCUCGUGGGCAACGCAGCAGCAGUUAAGCUCUCUUACAGGGCCAAAAACCCCAAUAAAGCCAGGUUCCCGCGGCGGGCUCUCUGCAGCAAGAAGUUUCCCAAGUCCCACAGCAAGACGAAGCAGCUGCUGCAGCUGGUGGCGCAGCAGCGGCCGGAUUUGGUGCGGCUGGCGAAGAAGAGAUUCCACAAGCUUUGCAAGACUUCCCCCAAGCCUGCGCAGGCCGAGCAGCAGUAG